CCUAGGGUCAUCUGCCUCCUGUGGGGUCCCCAGGCGGGGGCAGGGUGGAGAGGGGAGACGCCUGUUUGCCGCAGACACUCCUGAUCCUUGGAAAGAGCUGAAGCAGCUUUUCUCAACUUCUGAAAAAUAAGAAUCCAGAGGAACUUCCUGAGGGAGAUAGCCAGAUGGAGUGGCCACCGAGGUUGGCUGGAUGUUGAGCCCUUCUGCACAUGCAGCCUGGCAGCCAGGGGACCUGGACUGGGGGAGAUGGACCAGCCCCACGGAGGGUGCUUGAAAUGUCCUCCCCAUCAACACUGAGAGUGCACCGAAGAAUGUAGUGGACGCGGGAGAAGGCGCCUUCCGGGGUGGAAACACUCGGAAAAGUCUUGAGGAAGACGGCUCCACCAGAGUCACCCCGAGUGUCCAGCCCCAUCCCCAGCCUAUCAGUCUCCCCAGAAACAUGAGUGUGAGCCGGACCAUGGAGGACAGUUGUGAGCUGGACCUGGUAUACGUCACAGAGAGGAUCAUCGCCGUCUCCUUCCCCAGCACAGCCAACGAGGAGAACUUCCGGAGCAACCUGCGUGAGGUGGCCCAGAUGCUCAAGUCCAAACAUGGAGGCAACUACCUGCUUUUUAACCUCUCUGAGCGGAGACCUGACAUCACGAAGCUCCACACCAAGGUGCUGGAAUUUGGCUGGCCUGACCUCCACACCCCAGCCCUGGAGAAGAUCUGCAGCGUCUGCAAGGCCAUGGACACUUGGCUCAAUGCAGACCCCCACAAUGUCGUCGUUCUACACAACAAGGGAAACCGAGGCAGAAUAGGAGUUGUCAUUGCCGCGUACAUGCACUACAGCAACAUUUCAGCCAGCGCCGACCAGGCCCUGGACCGGUUUGCAAUGAAGCGGUUCUACGAGGAUAAGAUUGUACCCAUUGGCCAGCCAUCUCAGAGAAGGUACGUGCAUUACUUCAGCGGCCUGCUCUCUGGCACCAUCAAAAUGAACAACAAGCCCUUGUUUCUUCACCACGUGAUCAUGCACGGCAUCCCCAACUUCGAGUCUAAAGGAGGGUGUCGGCCAUUUCUCCGGAUCUACCAGGCCAUGCAGCCCGUUUACACAUCUGGCAUUUACAACGUCCAGGGAGACAGCCAGACCAGCAUCUGCAUCACCAUUGAGCCUGGGCUGCUCUUGAAGGGAGACAUCUUGCUGAAGUGCUACCACAAGAAGUUCCGGAGCCCAGCCCGAGAUGUCAUCUUCCGUGUGCAGUUCCACACCUGUGCCAUCCAUGACCUGGGGGUUGUCUUUGGGAAGGAGGACCUUGAUGAAGCCUUCAAAGAUGAUCGAUUUCCAGAAUAUGGCAAGGUGGAAUUUGUGUUUUCCUAUGGGCCUGAGAAAAUUCAAGGCAUGGAGCACCUGGAGAACGGGCCGAGCGUGUCCGUGGACUACAACACCUCCGACCCCCUCAUCCGCUGGGAUUCCUAUGACAACUUCAAUGGGCACCAUGAGGAUGGCCUGGAGGAAGUUGUGGGACACACUCAGGGGCCGCUGGAUGGGAGCCUGUAUGCCAAGGUGAAGAAGAAGGACUCGCUGCACGGCAGCACUGGGGCCGUCAACGCCACACGUCCCACCCUGUCGGCCACCCCCAACCACGUGGAGCACACCCUGUCCGUGAGCAGUGACUCGGGCAACUCCACAGCAUCCACCAAGACAGACAAGACCGAUGAGCCUGCCCCCGGCCCCUCCAGUGCCCCUGUUGCCCUGAGUCCCGAGGAGAAGCGUGAGCUGGACCGCCUGCUCAGUGGCUUCGGCUUAGAGCGAGAGAAGCCAGGCACCAUGUACCACACACAACAUCUCCGGUCCCGCCUGGCGGGGGGCCCUGCUGCGCCCUCCUCUGUCCGUCACGUGGUCCCAGCCCAGGUUCAUGUCAACGGUGGGGCCUUGGCAUCUGAGCGGGAGACAGACAUUCUGGACGAUGAGCUGCCCAACCAGGAUGGGCACAGUGUGGGCAGCAUGGGCACACUGUCCUCCCUGGAUGGGAUCACUAACACCAGUGAGGGAGGCUACCCAGAGGCCCUGUCCCCACUGACCAAUGGCCUGGACAAGCCCUACCCCAUGGAACCUAUGGUCAAUGGCGGGGGCUAUCCCUAUGAGUCUGCCAGCCGCGCAGUGCCUGCCCAUGCCAGCCACUUGGCCCCUAUGCGGCCCUCCUACUCCGCACAGGAGAGUUUAGCUGGCUACCAGCGGGAGAGCCCCCACCCAACUUGGCCACAGCCAGUGACCACCUCUCACUAUGGCCAUGACCCCAGCAGUAUGUUCCGCUCUCAGUCCUUUCCGGAAACUGAGCCCCAGCUGCCCCCAGCUCCUGCCCGGGGGGGAAGCAGUAGGGAGGCUGUGCAGAGGGGCCUCAACUCCUGGCAGCAACAGCAGCAGCAGCAGCAGCAGCCUCAGCCUCGCCCACCUCCUCGCCAGCAGGAAAGAGCCCACUUGGAAAGUCUUGGGCCCAGCAGGCCCAGCCCCCAGCCAUUGGCAGAGACCCCCAUGUCUGGCCUCCCUGAGUUCCCAAGGGCAGCCUCCCAGCAGGAGAUUGAGCAGUCUAUUGAAGCCCUCAACAUGCUGAUGCUGGAUCUGGAGCCGGCUACGGCUGCCACCCCCCUGCACAAGUCCCAGAGUGUCCCUGGGGCCUGGCCAGGGGCCUCCCCACUUUCCUCCCAGCCUCUUUCCUGCUCCUCCUACCAGUCUCAUCCACUGACCCAGUCCAGAUCUGGCUACAUCCCCAGUGGGCAUUCCUUGGGAACCCCCGAGCCGGCCCUGCGAGCCUCGCCGGAGUCCGCCCCUCCGGGCAGGUCUUACUCACCUUAUGAUUACCAGCCGUGUCCAGCUGGGCCCAACCAGAGUUACCGUCCAAAGAGCCCAGCUUCUCCCUCCUCCUUGCCUGCCUUUCUUUCAACCACCUCCAACCCUCCAGUGCCUCAGCAGCCCCCAGCCUCUCUCCCUGGCCUCACCACUCAGCCUCAGCUCCCACCAAAGGAGGUGACUUCAGAUCCAUCCCGGACUCCGGAGGAGGAGCCCUUGAACCUGGAGGGACUAGUGGCCCACCGGGUAGCAGCGUACAACGCCAGACUGCAGGGCAUUGGGCAGAGCAGCUGUUGGCACCCUCCUCUCCACCGGCUCCGAUCUUCCUCCCACUCUGGGGUGCAGGCUCGGGAGAAGCAGCCUGCAGAGCCCCCAGCCCCUCUCCGGAGGCGGGCGGCCAGCGAUGGACAGUACGAGAACCAGUCUCCGGAGCCCUCAUCCCCCCGGAGCCCCGGGGUUCGGUCCCCUGUGCAGUGUGUGUCCCCAGAGCUGGCUCUCACCAUCGCUCUCAAUCCUGGAGGGCGGCCCAAAGAGCCCCAUCUUCAUAGCUACAAGGAGGCCUUUGAGGAGAUAGAAGGGACCUCUCCAACUAGCCCACCGCCCAGUGCAGUGCGCUCCCCUCCAGGUCUGGCCAAGACUCCUCUCUCUGCUCUGGGCCUGAAACCCCACAACCCAGCGGAUAUCCUGCUGCACCCCACGGGGGUCACCAGAAGGCUGAUCCUGCCAGAGGAGGAUGAGGGGAAGGAGGUGACAGAGCUGUCGCAAGCGGGCAUGGGCUGUGCCACUCCGAAUCUGCCACCCCCCCGGCAAGGUGGCUGGAGCUUCCAUAAAGCUUUGCCCGCUUCCAGCCGGAGUUCAGGCGACCACACCAGGCUGCCUGGGGGUGGCAGGACGAGGCAUCCCCAGCAACCGAUCCCAGAACAGGAGCCUCGGAGCUACGUUGAGUCGGUGGUGAGGACGGCGGUGGCUGGGCCUCGAACUCAGGACCCUGAGUCCAAGAGCUUCAGCGCCCCAGCUGCCCAGGCCUAUAGCCACGACACACCCGUGAGGAACGGGACUCUGGGCGGCUCCUUCGUCUCUCCCAGCCCCCUCUCCACCAGCAGCCCCAUCCUCAGUGCCGACAGCACUUCAGUGGGGAGUUUCCCAUCAGGGGAGAGCAGUGACCAGGGCCCCCGGACACCCACCCAACCUCUGCUGGAUUCUGGCUUCCGCUCCGGCAGCCUGGGCCAGCCCAGCCCUUCGGCUCAGAGAAGCUACCAGAGUUCUUCUCCUCUUCCAGCCGUGGGCAGCAGCUACAGCAGCCCCGACCCCUCGCUCCAGCAGUUCAGCUCCCCAGAAAGCCAGGCCCGGUCUCAGUUCAAUGUAGCCGCUGUGCACACGGUACCUGGGAGCCCUCAGACACGCCACAGGACAGUGGGCACCAACACUCCUCCUAGUCCUGGCUUUGGCCGCCGAGCUGUCAACCCCAGCAUGGCUGCCCCCAGCAGCCCUAGUCUGAGCCACCGCCAGGUGAUGGGCCCGCCAGGAACUGGUUUCCAUGGUAAUGCUGCCUCUAGUCCCCAGAGCAGUGCAGCGACCACUCCGGGAAGCCCCAGCCUGGGUCGGCACCCUGGGGCCCAUCAGGUUUCAGGCCUCCAUGGCAGUGUGGCCACCACUCCAGGGAGCCCCAGCCUGGGCCGGCACCCUGGAGCCCACCAGGGCAACUUGGCCUCCAACCUCCAUGGCAACACAGUAGCCAGCCCCGGAAGCCCCAGCCUGGGCCGUCACCUCGGAGGGCCUGGAUCUGUGGUUCCUGGCAGCCCCAGCUUGGACCGGCACGUGGCCUACGGGGGCUACUCCACCCCCGAGGACCGAAGACCAACGCUGUCCCGGCAGAGCAGCGCCUCUGGCUAUCAGGCUCCUUCCACACCCUCCUUCCCCGUGUCCCCUGCCUACUACCCUGGCCUGAGCAGCCCCACCACCUCCCCGUCGCCGGACUCGGCAGCCUUCCGACAAGGGAGUCCGAUGCCAGCCUUGCCAGAGAAGUGGAGGAUGUCCAUGGGGGACCGAGCGGGCAGCCUCCCCAACUACGCCACCGUCAAUGGGAAGGUGUCCUCCUCGCCUGUCACCAGUGGCAUGUCCAGUCCCAGUGGCGGCAGCACCGUCUCCUUCUCGCACACUCUGCCCGACUUCUCCAAGUACUCCAUGCCAGACAACAGCCCUGAGACCCGGGCUAAAGUGAAAUUUGUCCAGGACACUUCCAAGUAUUGGUACAAGCCCGAGAUCUCCAGGGAGCAGGCCAUCGCACUCCUGAAGGACCAGGAGCCGGGGGCCUUCAUCAUCCGCGACAGCCACUCCUUCCGAGGAGCCUACGGGCUGGCCAUGAAGGUGUCUUCUCCCCCUCCGACCAUCAUGCAGCAGAACAAAAAGGGAGACAUGACCCACGAGCUGGUGAGACAUUUCCUGAUAGAGACCGGCCCCAGGGGGGUCAAGCUCAAGGGGUGCCCCAAUGAGCCAAACUUCGGGUCUCUCUCUGCCCUGGUCUACCAGCACUCCAUCAUCCCACUGGCUCUGCCCUGCAAGCUGGUCAUUCCAAACCGAGACCCUACAGAUGAAUCGAAAAAUAGCUCGGGCCCUGCCAACUCAACCACUGACCUGCUGAAGCAAGGGGCAGCCUGCAACGUGCUGUUCGUCAACUCUGUGGACAUGGAGUCACUCACUGGGCCACAGGCCAUCUCCAAAGCCAUUUCUGAGACACUGGCCGCUGACCCCACGCCAGCUGCCACCAUCGUGCACUUCAAAGUUUCUGCCCAGGGAAUUACACUGACUGACAACCAGAGAAAGCUCUUCUUCAGACGACACUACCCUCUCAACACCGUCACCUUCUGUGACCUGGACCCACAGGAGAGAAAGUGGAUGAAGACAGAGGGAGGAGCCCCUGCUAAGCUCUUCGGCUUUGUGGCCCGGAAGCAGGGCAGCACCACGGACAACGCCUGCCACCUCUUUGCUGAGCUUGACCCCAACCAGCCUGCCUCUGCCAUUGUCAACUUUGUCUCCAAGGUCAUGCUGAGUGCCGGCCAGAAGAGAUGAACUCACCCCGUGCCCGGGCCAGGGCAGUGGGGAUGGGUGUGGUGGGGGAGGGGACCCAUGAAUGCUGACCACCUUUGAAUUCAGAGGGAGGACUUUGGGCCAAUUUUGGAGAAGGAGAGAAGAAAGUGCGACAUGGGGAGAGGGAAGUGAAUUGCGGAGGGGAGGGGGAGAGAGGGAGAGAAAGAAAGAAAAGGCUGGAGGAGAACUUGAUUCCUGUGGGUGGAUGGAUGCUGUGCAGCCCCGAAGCCUUCAAAACUGACCAGGUCCACCUGACGCCCCCCCCCUCCAGGGGAUGGAGCCCCCCCACGGAGGCAGAGCCGACCUCCUUGGGGGUCCAUGCUUUGGGGAGAAAUGGAGAAGUGUCCCUCUAGCCCAACUGCUUUGCAAGGAGAAAUCAAGUCGAGAGAAUCUUUUCCUGGCCACCUCUAGGGCACGUUACCAAACUAGCGUGGGGCAUCGACUGGCAGAACGUUUGCUUUUGAAAGUAUCUCAGACCCCGGGCACCUAAGGUCUCUGCUCUGCCUCCAAUGUACAGUUUGUGUGGGGGGUUGUGUAUAUGUCGGCACCACAUCCUCGCACACUGAGUUAUGUUUGCCUCUCUGCUAGAAUUAUAAACAGGUGUACUUGCCCAGGUUCCUUGUGUUUGCACACACGUGCAUACUGUCCAAAGAAGGUCAGAGUUGCAGCAACACGGCAUCAGCGAGGGGACAGCAGCCUUCUCCCCAGGAGCACCCAGGAAUGUGGGUAACAGGCUCUGCCUUGGUCCCUGUGCCUGCACUCUAGCGACCCUGAGUGCCCUUCCCCAGGACCAAGGACCCAGAAGGAGUGGGGCCGGCCACCCUGCGGCGUGUGACCCCUUUCUGCCUUUACCAGGAGGCUGGACCUUAAUUUGAGGAGGUGGAGACAUGCGUUUCCAUGGCCUCCGGGGAAGAGACCCUCAGCUGCAGAUGCUGUUGACCUCUAGGCCUGUUUCCCAAAUCGUUUGGCCCAGCAGGGAGGUGGGCAGGUCGCUCCUGCCAGCUCCCAGCCCUCAGCCCAGCCCUGGGUUUCGCACCCACACCAGCCUUAUCUCAGACUUGCUUUACCUGCAUGGUGUUUUUCGGGUGCUGGGCAUUGAGCCUUCCUGCUCUGCCCUGUUCUGCCCUACAGGUCCCUGUGUUGGGCUCAUCCUGGGGACCCAGGGGAGAUGCCUGUAGUCCUUGCCCUGGCCUCCGCGAGCCUCUGGGCUCCGCUUUUGCUGGGCUGUCCAGGGUGACUCAGCAGAGCUCUGGGGGCUGCUGCCUCUGCACCACAUGGCCUGUGUACAUCACUGGAGCCUUACUCUCUCCCUUCUGCCUUGGAUUCCCCAGCAAAGCCAAACUGCCCGUGAGCAGAGGGCACAAGGCAUGCAUUAGGCCAAAAGGCCUAGAGUUCAUCUGGGCCAUGGUGAAACCCCCAACCUCCACCCAAAGACUCUAAGCUGAAGUGGAAAAUUCACCAAGACUCCACGCUUGAGGGGCUUCUUAAGCCUCCGAGGGUCCCCUAGAGAGAGGCAUUGUACUGAUAUAUAAAUAUAUAUAAUAUAUAUGUGAGACAUACUGACAGAACCUGUAAGCUAAUAAAAUGUAAGAAAAGGUAAAAAAAAAAAGAAUAGGUAAAUUGACAAGAAGUAUUUAUUGUUUUCCCACAUUGCUUUAUUGCCUCCUUGGGCAUAAACCAGUUCCCGUCCCUCUUCCUGUUUGUAAGUGAAGCCUGAAAUGUCGGGGCCUUCGCCCUUGGGGUGGUCAGGGUCCCCUGGCUCUGCCUCGGCCUUCCCUAGGCUCAGCCUGGGGCUCGGUGGGGGCGUGUUCCAUCGCCUGCAGCCCCUUAUUCUCUGGCAGGCCCAGGCCUCGGCCAUCAGGGCCCGAGAUGAGCCCACUCACCACGGUUUGAGCGAGCGUGUGAGCCAGUGGGGCCCGUGGGUGAGUGUGCGUCUCUUGUAUUCUUUCUCCUCCAAGAAGCUGCAUCUGUGUGGACACACUGUUUCAGGGAGUUGGAGAGGAGAGUAUCUGAGGAAGGUGGCGAGCAGCCCCCGGCUUCCCGAAAGUCCAAACCUUGUGCUUGGUGGCUAAGGUUCCCCCAAAGUGCUCUUCCUUCUGAGGCCUUCAGGCCAGAUGCUGGGGUGUCCCUCUCCUCGCUCCUCUCUGGCCCCAACGCUCUUCCCAGGUUGGAGGUAUUCCGCCCCCUCCUUUGUAAAGAUCUCCAUCUGCCCCGCCCCGGACAGCCCUGGGGCGUCCUCUCCACACUGAGGCCGGCAGGAGUGUCAGACCAUUGUGUACACUCAGGCCCAGGGUCCGCCUUCUCACGAGCUUUCCCACUGCCCACCACCGCCCACCUCCCAGGCAUGGCCAGCCCACCCCACUCAGGCCUGAGUUGAGUGUGACCCCGUGGGCAGGACCUGGGGGCCACUGGGAAGCUAAUGAACACACUCCCUGUGAGGGAGUCGGUUUCCCAGAGUUUGGCCUUUGCAGAAGAAGGUUGGGGAAGGGCGCCCCCGAGUCCACAGUGGCUGGGAAGACGCUGCAGUCUCCCCACCACGGUCAGGCCCGGGCACCCACGCACACGUACACGCACAUGUACACGCACACCCCCCACAGCACUGCAGUGUAUUCUUGCCAAAGAUGUCCUUUGAAAGAAAGCACUUUUAAUAAUUAUUGUUCUUAUCAUGUAAAUGUUUAUCGUUUUCUCUCUCCCCUCUCCCUCAAUGUAUUUGCUGUUUAUUGUUGAGUCUGUCUGGUGGCCAGGAGAGUACUGUCUGGUCUCGAGAAGCCUGGGGAGUGGGUGCUGGGAGAGGCGUGGUCAGCUGGUGGCCGCUCCUGGCCCAGCCUGCUUCUAGCUGUCCAGCCAGGCCCCAGGCCUGGCCCAGCGAUGGCUGUGCGGCCCCUCCCAGGUGGAACAAGAGGGGGCACUGGGCAUGGGAGCAAUGGAGAGGUGACCCCAGAGGGGAAGUGGGAGGAGGUGAGCGGUUUGAUCAGCCUCCAAGGGUGACUGGAAUCCCUUCCCCUGAGGCCGUGGUGUUUGGCUCCCUCAUCUAGUCAGGUGUUUGAGGGACAGACACGUCACGUCCUAGGUUUGGGAAAGGCCUUCUGACCUUGGUCCUCACGGAAGCUUUUCCUGCAGUGGCUCCUAAAGCUUGUGGACUUCCAGAAUCCCUUCUGCACUGGGUUUUGAGGAGUCCCUGGGCGUGUCAGGCACUGGCAGGACGAAGGGUGCUGGUUGGCUGCGUAACCGUAAGUGGAGGCAGCUGGCUGGACAGGUGUGAUCCCUCGGUAAAGGGGCCCCUAGGAGGGGGUGACCAGGGUGUCCUUCCGCCCUCCCCUCGUGGGCAUUAGCAGACGUGGGCCGGCUCCUCAUGCCGUGCAGGGGUGUGGAGGGCUCUGCAGGUGCAGCAGCACCUGUGCCCUGGACGGGCACCAGCUCCUGCCUCCUGGGGCUUCUGCCCUUCCUUGCUUUUCCCAGCUGGGGAGAGCAAGUGGGCCAGUGGCCUGUCCAGAGGCGGUCUCCUGCCCCUGCCCCUCCCUCGUUUGGGGUCCUUGAAGGGGUCAGCGGCAGAGCCCUGGGGCCAUUCCUCACCCAGGUCCAGGCCCCGGGGUCCCGGGCUGGUAACAUGGGAUGUGUGUACGUGUGCGUGCAAGUGUGGGUGUCCGUGUGUGCGUAUUUUGCUUGUAUCUCUAGGGAAAUGAGGGGUUGGGUUGGAGGAGGUGGGCAAGAGGAGGGCGUCACCUUGAAUACCAUCCCACGUGGGAGGAAUCAGGAGGCGGGGCCUGUGGGGCGCCCACUGGAGGAAUCUCAGCACUGCGGAUGGGGUGAGGCUGUCUUCACACGUUCGAAGUCCUGGAGUCCAGGCCGUAGCGGCUGCAUGAUUGUGGAGGGAUGUCCCACGUGUGUUUGCCAAUGUGUCAAGCAGUUCGAGCCUCUCCUGUGUCCCUGUGUGGUUUGUGUGUGUGUGUGAGGAACACAUCCGUGUCUGCAUGCUGUGUUUCCCCACUGCUCUCCUCCCUCCGACAUGUCACUCAAAACAGGCGUGAGAAGUGCCUACUGCCCCUCUCCCACCCCCGCCCGCCCCCGCCUCCCCGCCCUCUGCAGGAAACACAGAAUAGCCCAGCCUCCUCCCACCCCCGACUGUGUUUAUAUAGGUGGAAAUAUACUUUCUGUUUUCUAUCGUUGUGCCUGUGGCCUCCGCCACCUGGUGUAAACCCUGGUGUACGCUACUUAGCCCGGAUACGAAUGUACUGAACACUGACGCUGCCCUGCUCCUGUACAGCUGCUUCGUUUCUCUGCGACCCAUUGUAUGGCUUUAUAAAGGAUAAAGUGAAAGAAAAAUC